AGCCCCUUAUCACAGAAGCCGGGAUCCCUGGGUCCUCUGAAGCCAGGACAAGCUGCCAGGAGGUGUUAACUUUGUCCAGCCAACCCAUCCUUCUCUGUCAUGUGGGUUAAUUCUGAGAAAAGCUCAUAGUGGGCUCCCUCCGGUAUUUGUGCAUGGUUAAUGCAGACCCGGGCUUGAGGGCGGGGGUGCUUCCUAUAGUGGGGCGCUUUGUGCUCUUGUUUCUCAUGCCUCACUCUUCCCCAGCAAGGCAGCAGGAAGGAGGGCUGCCUCCCCCGACCAGAGGGUGAAGGGACUGGGGACGGGUGGGGCGGGAUGUUUCCCUGGCAGGACCUCACCCUAACUCCAGAGAGAGCCUUGGUUGGGUCUGUCUGAGAGCACCGGGGACACUGAGGGAGAUAUCAGGGUGGCCCCUGCUCACCAGCCCUACCCCACCCAUCCCCCCAACUGCGCCCAGCGGCUCUGUCUCCCUGGAACUGCAGCAUUCAAACAUCAGCGCCGGCUCUUGCCCAGCUGCAGGCCAUGGGCCUGGGCGAUGAGCGCCCUCUGUUGAGGGCUCCACCUGGUGAGCGGUGGCGGGUGAGGACGCAGGUCAGACAGGCAGAGGUGCCAGGACACCCCCGCUCCCCCUGGCUGAGCUGAGGCAGAAGGGGGCUCAGGCCCACAGCGUUUUCAGGCUGGAUGUUCUCUCCCGCGGCUGGCAGGUCCCCAAGGCAGUUCACGCUGGGGAGGCUGCAGGGCAGAGAAGAAUCAGAGGGUCAGGAGCCCAGAGGCCCUGCCUUCCCACCUGCGAGGGGCACACGGAAGGGGAUCCCCACCACAGUGCCCACCUUGUCUGCCCCAGACAACAGCUGUCCGUACCUCACACCUGGCGCACCUGGGUUGGCUCUUGGCCCUUGGCCCUGUGCUGCCACAGCCCUUUCUCCCAUCCUGAUGCACAGGACCUGGGCAGAGCCCCUCUGGGUGAGCAAGGGCAUUGUCAGGCACCCCCUCCCCAGAGCUCGGCUCCUGCCCGCUGGGCCCGCGGUGGAAAUCACAGUCUGUGAGAGCCGUACCAGCUGUGCUCGAGUCUAUUUCAGACUUCUGGUCCCCCUUUCUCCCCAGGCUCCCCCUUGUACCCCUCCUAGCCUGCCCAGCUGGUGCUCAAACUGAGGCUUGGGGCCAGGGCUCAGAAGGAGAGUAUGGGCUCAGGGAUCUGGGGCUGCCCCUUUGGGGACGGGCCAGGAGCCAUGCCCAGAGGUUGGUAGUCUCAGAUUGCAGCCCUCCCUCCCAGGGCCUGCCCAGGCAGCCGCAGCUCCAACCACAUCCUUUGGGAUUUGGCCCAGAGAGCUGGGGCGGAGGACCCCAAAUAGCGCUGGCAGGUUCCCCCAUGACCCGCCUGCACCGUGGCCGGGCACCCCCACCUUCACUGGGCACACCCCAGAGAGUAUAAACAGUGCCGGAGGCUGCGAGAAGCAGCCCAGCUGAGCGGAGCGGCAGCGCAGCCCACCAGCUGGCAGACACACCAUGAGGCCCCUCCUGCUCCUCACCCUACUGGCCCUGGCUGUCCCCUGCUUCGCUGGCCUGGCAGGUGCAAAGCCCAGCAGUGCAGAGUCUGGCAAAGAUGCAGCCUUCGUGUCCAAGCAGGAGGGCAGUGAGGUAGUGAAGAGACUCCGGCGCUACCUGGAUUAUUGGCAUUGGCUGGGAGCCCCAGCCCCCUACCCGGAUCCCCUGGAGCCCAAGAGGGAGGUGUGUGAGCUCAACCCAGACUGCGAUGAGCUGGCUGACCACAUCGGCUUCCAAGAGGCCUAUCGGCGCUUCUACGGCCUGGCCUAGAGCCUGCAGCCCCUGCUGGCCCAGCCCCAGCCCCAGCUCCUCUCCAGCACCCCUUCCCCUCCGCUCGCCCUGACUGCCCUGCCCCGAGGUGUGGCAUCCCCAUCAUCCCAGCUGCUCCAGAAUAAACUCAGGAGAGGAAUCAGUGGGGCUG